AUGAUUCAUGACCCUGCGCUAAACCAAUACCGUCUCCAAACGAAGGAGUCCAUACCUCCUGGCAGCGGAAGCAGUUCAUCUAUCCUUAAGCGCCCGUCUGUGGCGGCGGGUUACCGUUCGCUGAAGGUGCCCUCGCCACUGAUGUCUCAGGUGACAGUGUACCAAGGCAACUCGACACCGGAAACUUUAAAUUCACUGCUUGGCGGUGGAGCGCCCAUCACCUCAGAAUCAGGUGGUAACAGUCCAAAUCAAAGAAGCAGCUAUUCGAAUAGGCAAGAAAAAGCUGUCAGCACAUAUGUUGGGGAUGUUGACUGGAAACAAAUGGAGAAUUUGCAACUGGCAUCGGACUCGCUAGAAAGCAUCGAUCAGGAUGUGGCAGUCACGCAGCGAGUGCUGUCCUCCCGUGGGCAAUACAAACGCUGUCAAUCGGUCGAACCAUCAAAUUCGCUUGCGCCUACGAGCCCCUUGCAUAAUAAUGCAUCAGCAAGUGGAUAUAAGAGUGAUGUAGUGAGAAGGCGGAAAGUAGAUCUGCAGUCGUUGAGCACAGUCGACUCCAAUAUCUCCGCCGGAGGACUUUCUAGUACAUCCAUGCACUUUGGCAAUCACUCCGUGAAGAUGACCCGAGAUACGUCGUUACGCGAGUUGAUAAACGAUCACCUGAAUGAAGUCGAUGAGGAUGGCAAUGUGACAAGUGAAUUCAGUGCCUCCGAGAAUGAUGAUCUAGCGUUGAUGCUUGGACAGUCGAAGGCCAGCGGCAAGCGUCCAAUUGAGAUGAUGGAUACGCAAAGUCUGCAGCGAACAGUUGAGCAGAUCGACGACCAGCUAUUAGAUUUGCAAAAUGCUCAGAAGAAAAAUCUGGAAAAGUAUCAGACCGAGGACUUGCUUGAGGAUCAGAAACUCAUCAGCAUUAAGGCCAAUACGGAUAGUCGGCUAGAGAAAUUCCUGCGAGAAUUCCUGGGAUUCUCGAAGUAUUACCAAAACGUAACGGCCCACACUUGGCCUCCACUGUCGUCCGAUGACGCUCACAGGCUGGUUGUCUCCAGAAUACAAAACAUCGUGAAGGAGUUUCUAAAACUCGACCCGAAGUCGAAGCAGAACAGCAAAUGUAAAUUAUUGCUAGUGGCAGACUUGAUCGGACAAUUACAGGACAUCCAAGACUUCGUACGCGAGAGCCCGUCGUACUUUCUUCGGUCGCCCGAGUACUCAACGCUCAUCACCAAGCUGAUCUUCACACUAGCGCCAGUGGCACGCAUGGUGGAGCACAUACAACGGAGACAUCUACGCGCGUCGCAAAUAAGUGACCUUGAGAACAACCAAACCGAUGCGAUAUCAGCUCUAUUGGAAGGGGUUCCGUACCUGGACGAUGUCGAUGGAAUGUUCUUCACCCCCACCUCCAGCCGUAAGCCAUCGACCAUGUCUCCGCCAAUAUCACGAGACUCGCGAGGUAAGCUCACCAGUGAUAUUGGUCCUGAUGGGACCGCAAAUGUCAAGAACAGGUCGCGUGCCUACUCCACCCUCGCACACGAGAUGGGACUGCUGGAUGGCAGAUCCGCAAGCUCUGGCAAAGACAUGACUGUGCUGGAAGAGGACGAUGAGAUCGGUGCACAGUCCAACCGCAGCACGGAAAUGCUCGCCGACAUUGACAGCGCAAAACUCAAGGGCAAGGUAUUUAGCAAAAGUUUCGAAAUAGAGGCGGAAAAAAACAGAAAGCAGAGUAGCGGGCAAUCCGUAUUUCAGCUGGAGCCUGCAACCCCGAGCGGUACACUCACAGGGAAAAUGGCCCCGAGUGACUUUUCUCAGAGAGGUGAUCGACAAAGAUCUCCCUUGGUACCCAUGACAGCCAAGGACAAGGCUGUUAAGAUGAGAGACACAGACUCGCCUGCACAGUCGCCACUUGCCCGAUCAGCGCGAAGUUCAAGCUUCUUCUCCAGCUCAGCAGAAGGGCUCUCAAUGCCAAACGAGAAGGUUCGCCCAGCUCCUCCGCUGGGUGCAACAUCGUCGAAGAAUAUGGAAAAGAAACCUACCAAAUUGGGGCGUAUCAUCAGCGCAUUCGGUAUUCCGCGGAGUCCUUCGUUGGCAAAGUUAGUACGAUCGUCUUCCAAGACCAAGCAUCGGCACAGGUCGCGCACUGCUACACAGCUGGAGUCACCCCACACCUUCGACGGAAUGAAGGAGGAGAGCUCACUGCACCCAGUCACUGUGCCAGACAAUAGUAUACCGGGAAUGACCACCGACCCACUCAAACGUAGGUCGACCCAUCAACUCACGAAUAUGCUAAGCAGCACCAGCCUUACCAGCACACCACUCAGAGUGAGCAGAAAGACAUCCAUGUUCAGUAUAUUCUCGAACAACUCUGCAGAGCUGUCAGAGCCGUCGACAGACGAUGAUAUGCAUAUUGUGGGUAUGAACGACCAUGCCGAUGAAACGGUGUUGUGUCGGAUGUGCGAGGAGACUAUCCAAUUGAACAAGCUCGACGAGCACACUAUCUUCUGCGCCAAGGUCAUUGAAUUAGAUAACAAGCAAAACACAAAGGAAGCCAGACUGUGGAAAAUGAUCAGUCUGUUCCCCAAAGAUUACGAAAACAAAGAAAUGACGAGUGACAAGAGGGCCACACUGCCGUCGCAAUCAGCCCGCUCGCACGUGCGAUCAACGUCGACGUCAGCGCCCAACUUUGAUCAGUUCCUGGCUCUGGCCGUAUCCGUUUGCGAUUUGGAAUUCGUCAACCAAGAUAGUGUCGACAGACUAAAGAAAUUAGUGACGCAGCUAGAGAAGUGCUUAAACUCCAUUGUGUCCAAAAACGUCUCCGCCGAGUCGGUUGCCUAUGGUCGGAAAAUCGUGGCCCUGGCCAAAAGCAAACUAGAUACCAUGAAGGAGAGGGGCCACACGGUGUCGUCCCCGAAACAGAAUCCGGAUGCGCACAGCAGGUUCAUGAGCGUUUUCACGGCUAUUUCCCGAAUGGCGCAGCGUCGCACAACCAGUAUGAGUUCUGUUGACAGCGGGGAACGUCACGACAGCUUGAGCAGUGGCGGACCUGCGACUGCGCACACGGGCUUUGCUGAGUCGCCUCACGGUAUAUAUGGCCGUCGGAGAAGUAGCCUUCAUAAACACGGAGAGGAUUCUGGAGCUGUUCGACGGCGACCGUCUAAUCGAAAUAGAGGUUUACCGAACAUCAAGGACUUUGAGAUACUCAAACCUAUCAGCAAGGGCGCAUACGGCAGAGUGUAUUUGGCAAAGAAGAGGACCACCAGGGACUUGUACGCUAUCAAAAUGCUUAGGAAAGAUGAUAUGGUCAGGAAAAACAUGGUGGACAAUGUUCUGGCUGAGAAGAAAGCCUUGGCUCUGGCCGAUAACCCAUACAUUGUUAAGCUCUACUAUUCGUUUCAGUCCAAGGAUAAUCUUUACAUGGUGAUGGAGUAUCUAAUCGGAGGAGAUGUUUCGAAUUUAUUGCAAUCUUUCGGCGUCUUCGAAGAGGAUAUGGCAGCUUUCUACAUAGCUGAAGUAGCGCUGGCCUUAGAGUAUCUACAUGACCACGGUGUCAUUCACAGGUAUUGA